AUGGCCAGAUCGAGUGAAGUAUUUCAUUUCAAAAUUCUCAUUAUUGGCGAGUCCAGUGUUGGAAAAAGUAGUUUAAUGACUCGCUUUGUUGAUGAAACGUUUCAACCAUCAUUUGUCCCAACUAUCGGUGUCGAUUUUAAAGUUCGGACAAUGAUGAUUGAUGACUAUCAGUGCAAAGUUCAGAUUUGGGAUACGGCAGGUCAAGAACGUUUUCGUGUGAUAACAACCACUUAUUAUCGUGAUGCCGCCGGUGUUCUGAUUGUAUACGAUGUAACUAAUGGUGAAUCCUUCUUUCGUAUUCGUCGUUGGAUCGAUGAAAUCAAUAAAUACUGUGAUGAGAACAUUGCAAAAGUGCUUAUAGGAAAUAAAGAUGACAAUCCUUCAUCAGAUAGUGAACAAUCACCAAAAAUUGUCUCGACUGCAGAUGCUGAACAAUACGCCCGCCAAAUGAAUUUAACAUUUUUCGAAACUUCAGCCAAAGAUAAUAAAAAUGUCAAUGAAGCAUUCUAUACACUGACACGUUUAGCUUUACAUCAACGUCUGAAUACACGAGCAAAUGCACAAGCAAUGCCACAUCAUCCGAUGACAAAUGGAACUUCAGCAACGCAAGCUAUUCGACUGAAAGGAGCAGGAAAAUCGAAGAAGAAAAAUAAAAAACAUACUGGUGCAUGUUAUAUGGCAGCAACGACAAAGAAUUUAGAAGGUGUACAAACAUUUAAAAUUCUCAUUAUUGGAGAUUCAGGUGUUGGCAAAAGUUCGUUGAUGGUACGAUUUGUCGAUGACAUCUUCACAGCUGCUUAUAUUACAACAAUCGGAGUAGAUUUUAAAAUGAGUACAAUUAACGUUGACGGACAUCAAUGUCGUAUACAAAUCUGGGAUACGGCUGGUCAGGAACGUUUUCGUGUUAUUACAAGUACUUACUAUCGAGGUGCUGAUGGUGUAAUCAUUGUCUAUGAUGUAACAAACGGUGAUAGUUUUGCUAAUUUAAAAGAUUGGAUCACUGAAAUGGAACGUCAUUGUGAUAAAACUGUCCCUAAGAUUCUUGUCGGUAACAAAGAUGAUAAUGAUAAUGAAUUAGGUAAAGUUGUUCUCACAAGUGAUGCACGUGCCUAUGCCGAACAAAAAGGUUUACCGUUUUUUGAAACAUCUGCAAAAGACAAUAAGAACAUAGCGGAAGCAUUUAAUGAAAUCACUAGACUUGCUCUUAAACGACGUCUUAUUCAGCCGAAUAGUGGACAACCAUCAGCUGGUGCAACUCGUAUAGGAUCAAAACGAACAGUCGUAGGCGGUACGCAGAAAAAGUGUUGUACAUCGUGA